GGUAAGAUGGCGGCGGACGGAGAUGCGGUGAUUCCGGACCAGGAAAAAGUGCGAAUAGUCUCGGAUUUUAUAUUGCACUCGCCGCCGGGUGAGUUCAACGAGGUGUUCAACGACGUGAGGGUUCUUCUGAACAACGACAACCUGUUGAAGGAGGGCGCGUCCGGAGCCUUCGCUCAGUAUAACAAGGACCAGCUCACGCCUGUUAAGAUAGAAGGAAGUGACCAUCCAGCGCUCAUAACGGAACACAAUGACUUGGGUUCUCAGAGGUUUUACGAUGCACGGAGUAAGCAAAGUUUUAAAUAUGAUCACCUGAGAAAAGAGGCGCAAGAUUAUGAAUCUUACGAACCAGAUCCUUUGGCAGAACCUUGGAGGUCAGCCCUUCAAGAAGAAAUAACAAAUUAUACUCAAAGUCAUUACAGACAUGGCGCUUGCUCAGUUUUUGGAAAAUCCCUUGGAGGAAAUAUAACGCUAACGGCGUGCAUAGAAGAUCAUCAAUUUCAACCUAAAAACUUCUGGAACGGCCGCUGGCGUUCAGUGUGGACUGUCAGUUUCACUCCAAAUUCGGGUAACGCCGAAUUGAGAGGUAGUCUCAAAGUACAAGUACAUUAUUAUGAGGAUGGAAAUGUACAAUUGGUCAGUAGCAAAGACGUGAAGGAGAGCCUGCCGAUCUCCAGUGAGAAACAAACGGCGAAGGAUUUGAUACGAUUUGUCGAGGAAUCCGAAAACGAUUAUCAAACGGCAAUUUCCGAGAACUAUCAAACAAUGUCCGACACCACCUUUAAAGCAUUGCGAAGGCAAUUACCAGUAAUGCGAACAAAAAUUGACUGGAACAAAAUUGUGUCGUACAGUAUUGGCAAAGAGCUUAAAAGUCAAUAGAAAUAGAUUUUUUUAUAUUAAAAGAAAUAAUUAAAAAAGCGCAUUUUGCUGCAUGAGUGAAGUCUGGAGGUGUGAUGUGCAUGGGAGCAAAUUAUAACACUAUUAAAUAAUGUCUGACUAGAGAUAUUCGACUCAUGCAUGCACUCAAGGUUCCUCUCGACUCCAUAUUGUAUGUUGUUACAAGAAGCAAUAAAACAAAAAGGUCAACAUUUUGGCGUUGUCAAUUGUAUAAAAAAAAAAUUAAUUAA